CAUGGCCCCCGCAACGCGAUCGACGUCAAACGCCAAGCUUCGCAUAGUUUUCAAAAUUCUCAAUCGAUCAAACGAGAAGGAAAAGUUUAAAAAUCGUGAUGAUCGGAUUCGGGAAUCGAGACUCGAAGUAUGGCUACCGAAGUGGAUAAAGAUUUCGCGUCGCAGCGGCGGCACCGGACUGCAAAUUUCCGGAAACUGACGCCCGAAGCCCUUCGCAAGGAAGCCCUAGCCGCAAAAUGCUGCACCGCGACGUCCACCGCACCAGCGUAUGACCCCAACAAAGUGGUUCUCGGAGUUCCCAGUCACGUGAUAAAAUGCAAGUCAAAAAACUCCACGAUGAAAACGGUCGUCCGACCCGGUACAAACGGGGGAUCGGAUACCGCCGGUCAAGUGAGCGUCGAAUCUCCGAUUCCACCUCGUGACGAAAACGUCCGUUCGAUCAGGAAGAUCAAACACUUGAAGAGGAGCGCGUUUUCCAACAAGUUCAAGAAAAUUCUACGCAAAGUUCCGGCGGGAAUGGGAAUGGGCGCUGAACCGCCGGUGGCCGUAGCGGAAAGACCUGGUAAAAUCCCUGAGAAAAGAGGUGCAAUAUUUUCGUACGCAGCCAGGGAUUUGCGAUCCCAGAGGAAUAACGCGAUGGCCAUAACGAAGAACGCCAAGCCAGAAAAGUGGUACACGGCAGCCGAGGAUUACCUGUCCGCCGCUACCAACGGAUCGACGCCAAACUGGAAGUAACCUUCGCACGCGGGCUAACCCCGAACUCACCUAGCGCGAAAUAAUUGGAUUUUGCCAAAUAAAGGAGACUCCGAUAUCGCGAAGAAAAACGAAAUAUUAAGUGCUUUCGAAAAACUAUACCAUCUACAUUUUCACCCUGUUUUAUUAGGGCGGUGAUCGAUACGAUCGGAAAAUAAAACCGUAUAAUAUAGUCUAACGAAAUGUAGCUACAUAUCGAACAAGUUUCGCGCUCCUUGAAUAUUGACGGUGGAAUGAAUUAUCUACUUUGUACACCUCCGCUAUACUGGCGAUCGUGGGCGUUCAAGAAAACGAUGUAGUACAGGG